AGUCACUUCUGCUGACUGUUCUUGAGUAAAGAGAGAGUUUGACGGGUUUGAACGCAUCUGCAUCCCGCCUUCAUGUGCUCGUUUUUUGGAUGUGACUCACAUUAACAGUAUUAUUGUACUUUUGAUCAUCUUUUAAACUCAGGAUUGGUAAUUUCCGUCACAUUGUAUCGUCUUGAGCCGCAGCGGAUCUUAAAGACUAACAUGAUGUGGAUGAACCAUAAUAUUAUUCCAGAGCAAUGGAGCUGAAGAUUGAAGGCUUAAUUCACAAAGAAUCGUUUGUGGUGGCCAGAUCUCAUCCGAGUUGGUUCUGAUGGCGGACAAUGGCCCAUCUGGUCUGUUGGAGGCAUGUGUUGUUGUUGGAGUAUCAAAUGAUUGUCUGAAAGAACUAAGCCUGGAUAGAGAGAAAGAACUCCCCCUAGUGGAUGUGGAGGUGUUGCAGGUUCACGCACCACCGUUCGUUACAAAGGAGAGUUCCAGUAAUGGUCUCGAACAGGCUUACGCUCCUGCCUUCAGUAGAGUCCAAAAGAGACGCUCUUUUAAGAAGAAAAGAGAACGAGCAACUUCGACCGCCGGUGAUUCCGCAAAAACUAACAAAUCAGCAGUUGCCUACUCUGACGACCUCAGCGUACCUCAAAACAUCGACCUCAUAGCUCUACCCCAGCUCUGUUUUCCAGAUGGUUUGAGAAUAACCAAUGAGAGCAAAGAAGACUCUUAUCACUUCCUGGUUUUUACGGAUGUGUUUGGGAACCAAACACACGGUGUGGUGGCUCAGUACUGCAAGUCCAUUCAGUACCAAGAUAAUGUGAUCCAUCAAAACAGCCAUCAGUCAUUCAAACCACAGCGUUUGUACACAACAUACAGCAUAUGUGUUAUCUCCAAAUACCCGUAUUAUAACGCUCUCAGAGACUGCCUGUCCUGUGUCUUGCUCCAGUUGAAGACCGGCCGCAUAUCUGAAUUUGAAGAACAGGUGAAGGAAUUCUCCGCCAAGCUGGCACUGGUGCCUAUCCCUCCCCCCGGACCAAUGCAUGUGGUGUUUAAUCUUAAACCCCUUCAGAUUGAACUUCCCGCCAGAGUGGAAGCAGAUCAGCCCGUGGUGGACCUCAAUCUUCACCUUCCCUUCCUAUGUUUCAAACCCAAACAGAUCCUGCAGAUCAUCAGCAGUAUCUUGAUGGAGCAGAGAAUUGUGUUUCUGUCCACUGAUUGGGCCAAGCUAACACUAGUGGCCGAAUGCUUCAUGAUCUUCAUUCAUCCAUUGUGCUGGCAGCAUCCGUUUGUACCCGUCCUGUCUCGCCAAAUGCUGGACUUCAUCAUGGCACCGACGGCCUACCUGAUGGGUUGCCACACCUAUCACUUUGAAGAAGUGGCCGAGGAGAUGGAAGAUCUGGUUCUUAUAGACAUUGAUCAAGGAACUGUGUCGUCUUCAAGUUCAGAUACGCUGAAGCUUCCAGAGGUCCCACUUACAGCUAAAGAUUUGUUUAUAUACCGAGCAAAGGAACUUCAGCUUCACUACGACCUGGAUCUGUGUCACCUCGGCACAUGUACUAAUCUCAAUGAGCUGCGCACUCACAGGAGACGGUGGCAGCACAAAGUCAACACUAUGAUCCUGAACGUCACCAUGGAGCUCAUCGUCAACAUCUUUAGUGAAGUGUGUGAAUUCCUGAAUUAUGAGCAUCGUGUUUUUAACAGCGAGGAAUUCCUCCGAUCGAGAGAGGCGAACAAUCAUGCGUUUUACAAGAAGGUUUUAGACACUCAUAUAUUCCACUCAUUUCUACGGGAUCGUUUGAACAGAAAAAAUGACGCCUUCAAUCGUAUGGAGCUAAACAACCGCUCAGAGACUCGCAGGUUGCGGGCCAUGACAGAGUCUCCACGCAGACCCACUGUUGAGGAGACGAACCGCAAAUUCUCCAGACCAGAGACCGGUCUGAACAAGAGACUGGGGAUGAGUAUGCCUAACCUGGCCGACAGCAGAUUAUUAACCGUACCAGUCCGAUACACAUCAAUGAGCACAAUGCUUUCACAGUGCGCUUUGUGGAGUCCCUCAAGGCCAAUCAAAACCUUUAAACUCCCAGACUUCCCUCCUCCGCUGGCCUACCACUAUGUUCAGAAUUACUACACUGAUCUCAUUAAUCAGUUGAGCAGAACAAUCUCCAUGGUAAACCCAGACGACUCCGCCCUCCUGGCACGUUACUAUUACUUACGAGGACAGGUGAACUACGUUGCCGGGAGACUCGUGGAUGCCCUUGGAGAUUUCCAGAGCUUGUAUAAGACAGACAUGGACAUAUUCCCUGCCAAGCUGGUGAAUACUCUAGUUGAGUCUCUGCCAGCAGAGGAAAGAAAGUCAGCAGAGCGACGCACAGAGUUAAAACGUCUGAUCAGCUGCUUGAAAAGAGACAAUGAACGUGAGCGGUCGCGACCGCUGGACGGCGAUACGGUGAAGAGAUUCAAACUGCCCAAGAAACACUUGCACAUGGAUGACUUUGUGCGGCACAUUCAGGAGUCGGGCAUUGUCAAGGACCUGAGCACCAUCCAGAGACUGUUUGAAGCACUUACUGUGGGUCAGCAGAAGCAGGUAGAUCCAGACAUCUUCCGGUUCUUCUACAACUUUUGGAAGGAGACGGAAGUGGCGGCUCAGGACGUGGACUUACCGGCCAUCGUGCUGGAACACCUGGAAACCAACGAGUGUGUGUACAAGCUCUCGUCUUCGGUGAAGACCAGUCAUGGUGUGGGAAAGAUCGCCAUGACCCAGCGCAGACUCUUUCUGCUGACAGAGGGGCGGCCGGGUUACGCCGAGAUCACAAAGUUCAGAGAUAUUGAGGAAGUGAAGAUUUCUUCUGCUCCAUUCCUCCUCCUGAGGAUCCCAUCGCUGAAGAUCAAGACAUCCCUCAGGAAGGAGUCGUUCGAGGCCAAUCUGAAGUCAGAGUGUGAUCUGUGGCACCUGAUGAUCAAAGAGAUGUGGGCGGGGAGGAAGAUGGCUGAUGAACAUAAGGACCCUCAGUUCAUGGAGCAAGCCCUGACCAAUGCUCUACUGAUGGACGCUGUGGUCGGCAGUCUGCAGACACAGAAAGCCAUCUAUGCUGCUUCAAAACUAGCCUACUUUGACAAGAUGAAAUUUGAGGUACCCAUGAUGGUUCCUAAAACUACAUCUGAGACCCUGAAGCACAAGAUCAACCCCUCUCUGGAUCUGACGUCACCUCAAGCGGUGGAUGUUCUUCUCUACAUGCCCGGUCAUCUGGGCGUGUCAGACUUGAACGGCGGUGGGAACCCAAAGCUCUGGUGUGCCAUGAGUGAUGGGAAGAUGCUGGUGUUUGACGCAACCAGCUGGUCCAUGCAGCAGAACUCCGUGCAAGUGGGAACCUCUCGUCUGAAUUGCAUGUUGGCAGUGAAUCAGCAGCAGCUGUGGAUCGGAUCUCAGGAUUCAUUUAUUUACAUCGUAAAUCCGUGCAGCAUGUCCUGUAACAAACAGCUGACGGAACAUCGUGUUGAAGUCACGGGACUUGCGCUGGAGGAGAGAACUGACAAAUACAGUCAGAUGGUGGCGUACUCGUGCAGUGCGGAGGGUACAGUGAUUGUGUGGGACGUGUCCUCGCUGCAAGUCAAACGGCAAUUCAGAAUAUCAUGUGACCGGCUGCAGUCCAUUCAGAUUCAUAAUGGCAUGCUGUGGUGCGGUUCUCACGAUUGUCUAAUAGAAGUGCACAGGAAUGGUACGGUACAUCGUAAGAUUUCACUUCCAGAUCACCUGUUGAGUUCGCCGGGGGGGUUUAGCAGUUUCCUGCUUUUUAAUGAGUCGGAGCAGCUGUGGGCCGGAUUCGCAGACGCAGGUGAGCUGUGUGUGUGGCACUGCAGAGAUCUGACCAGACCCAUAAACCGUAUCCAGCUGAAAGACUGCGCAGGUGUCAUCUGCAUGAUCAAAGUCAAGAAGCAGAUCUGGGUCGGAUGCCGCGGACGCAGCAGCACGGGAAAAGCUCGCGGAAAAAUCUACGUUCUGAACACAGACCGCUACACGGUAGAGAAGGAGCUGGUGGCACACGCGGACUGCGUUCAGACGCUGUGUUCAGCUGAAGAUCGUUACGUGCUCAGCGGAGCCGCGCAAGAUGACGGCAAAAUCGGCAUCUGGAAAGUCGAGUAAAAAACCAGCAGGAGCACAACUUUGAAACAGGACUUUAUGGGAGAUAAUCUGCAUAAGAUAUGAAAAUGUAUUGCAUGUUUCUAACUAGUGGAACAGUAUGCAUUAGGAGAAAUAUUAUGAAGCAUUUGGAGGUGAUACAAGCGCCGUUUAACAGCUCUGCACUUAAUGUCAGAAGCCAAAACAAACAUUAUACAGUCUAUCAUAAAGAGAGUGCAAACACGCUCUGCCGCAUGAGAAAUGUGCCGUAUUAGUGCUCAUUGAUGCACAUCUCGUUAUUAUAAAGGGACAAAAACAUGCAAAUAAUAUUGGCAUUCAUAUGAAGAUUGGGAAGAUGAAGUAACUUUCACUACAUAACUGUUGCUAGAAGUCAAUAUUGAAGGGAAACACUAUUUAACACUAUUCCUCAGUGUUAUAACAGUAUUAAAGUACCUCCAUCACUAAAAAUGAGUCACGAUACAAGACUUCCUCUGGAGCUGAAAUCCAAAAACUAAUGAACGUGUAAAUGUUUUUAAGUGUUUUAGACUUUAAUGGGCAAGAAAUGAAAAGUCUGUUUUUCUCAUGAAUUUGUAAGCCGGUUAACAGGUAUUUUCUUGGGGAUCACUAUAAUUGUCACUCAAUGGUUGCCAUACAUGUAAUUUGUCAUGCAACUUUUCCCUUUAUGAAAAACAGCCACAUGGUGUCAUUUUACAAAUGUGAAAAUGCACGUUACUCUAGUUUUCUUAUUUAUCAAUAAUAGUUAAUAGAUUAAGAUGUACAGGUAGUUUAUUUGUUUGUUUGUUUUUACAUUUUGAGUGCAAGAACAAUAAUAAACCAUAACAAUAAUAGCAAAAAUAAUCAUAAGAGCCACAAUUUUCUGACAUAGAAUCAUAUGAAGAAGCUACUUUUAUGUUUAUAUGAAAUGUAAAGAACUUUUCUAAAUACAGUGUCAUACAGUACAUUUGUACUGACAUAUUUAAUAGAACAUAUUGCAAAAACAAAUAAUGGACAAAUGUUUUUAUGCAUGUUGUUCAUAAAUGUCACUUUUGAGACUGGUGUUUAGAUGGUUUCUUACGAAAUUAUAAUAAACUAAAACUUGGCUUUAUAUAAUCAUUAUAAAAUUAAUUUGACUCAAACUGAAAUUGUCUUUUUUUUUUAUUGUCACAAAAAAAAAAAAAAAAAAAAAAAUGUGUAUAGAGCCGUGUUUUUCCACGAAAGUUUUAGAUCCUUAAUGAAAUUUAAAUUAUAAUUGUAUUAAAAACGU